UGGGUGUCUCAAGGCUGCUGGAUUGAUAGUGUCGGAUCCCGAACACUCCAAGGCGCCUAUAACGCCGGCGGUACCACCUCUGCCCAGUCUUGCCUCGCCUUCUGCGAAAGUGGAGGCUAUGCCUAUGCCGGGAUGGAGUACGGAACAGAGUGCUUCUGCUCAAACGCAGUCCUUGCCGGCACGUCUGUUCAAGACCCCGCUGACUGCAACAUGGCUUGUUCUGGCGACACUUCUCAAGCCUGCGGUGGGAUGAAUCGAUUGAGCUUGUACAAGUCCACCUCAACUUCGGGCCCAAAGGUUGCCCCUGGAUCCUCUGGAUAUGGAUAUCUUGGCUGUUAUACUGACUCCGUCGGUGCCCGAACGCUUACUGUUGGAAUGCCUACCGAAGGCGGCGGCGAUUCUCUCACAGUGGAGGUAUGCUUGGCAGCAUGUGCGGCUGCUAAAUUCCCGUAUGCAGGCGUGGAGUAUUCUGGACAAUGCUAUUGUGGGAGCCAGCUUUCCAAUGGCGGACAUGCAGCUGACGACGGAGAGGCUCAAUGCAACAUGCGAUGCAAUGGUGACAAGACAGAAUUCUGCGGAGGUCCGGACAGACUCAACCUAUACAUCGCAUCAACUUCCUCCUCUACCACCACAACUUCUGCAACGCUAUCAGCGGUGCUAUUGCCUAUUGGAUGGACUGCUAGAGGUUGCUAUUUGGACGACCCCGCCGCACGUACCCUACAAACAUUCAUGUCAGUUCCCGGAGGUCCAGAUGCAAUGACCGUUGAGGCUUGUGUUGCAGGGUGUGCAUCGAAUGGCUUCACAGUAGCUGGGCUUGAGUAUGGGCAGGAGUGUUGGUGCGAUACCAAAUACGAGACCUUGGCGCAACCGCUGUCUAAUCCGGAGACGAAUUGCUUCAUGCCCUGCAAGGGUAAUUCUGCCGAGACCUGUGGAGGACCAGAUCGUAUG